AUGACCGCCCUCCUCGGCAGCCUCGCCGUUCUAGCCUUCACUCAGCCGCCGAUCGGCAGCCUCGCCGAUCGCCGAUCGCUGCUUCGCGCCGGCUCUGCCACCGCGCUCGGCUCCUGGCUGCCGCAGUUCAUGCAGCCGCCCGGUGCUGCGAGCGCUGCGCGCCGCCUGCCAAAGGCAGCCAAAGGCGCGACCAAUGAGGUUGUGAGGACGGUCAAUGGCAUUCGCCACAAGCGCAUGGGCGGCGGAGACCUCGUCGUCUCCGAGAUGGGGCUGGGCACGCAGCGCUGGGGCAGCGGCGACUUCAACGCGCCGGACGAGGCGACCUGCCUCUCGUUCCUCGACCGCGCCAUUUUGGAGGGUGGCAUCAACCUCAUCGACACGGCGGAGCAGUACCCGAUCCCGAGCACGCGGGCCAAGCCCGAGGGCGACACCGAGCGCAUCAUCGGCAGGUGGCUCGCGCAGGACAAAGCGCGGCGGCAGCAGGUGGUGAUUGCGUCCAAGAUCACGGGCGGGCAGAACGUCAACGCCAAGAACAUCAUCGCCGACUGCGAGGGGUCGCUCCGGCGGCUCGGCACCGACUACCUCGACAUCUACAACCUGCACUGGCCCGCGCGCUACUCUCCGCAGUCCAACUGGGGGCAGAGCCUCGAGUACAAGCAGGAGGUCGAGCUCUACUCGGGCGGGCGGGCAGACUUUGGCGAGAUCGCAGAGGCGAUGGGCGCGCUGGUGAAGCAGGGCAAGAUCCGCGGGUGGGGCAUGUGCAACGACAACGCGUACGGCCUCGCCGCCAGCUGCUACGCGGCUCGGGCGCUCGGCGUGCCGCCGCCUGUCAACAUGCAGAAUGACUACUCGCUAAUUAACAGGAGGAUCGAUGAAAACGGCCUCGCCGAGGCGUCGAGUCCCGUCCACGAGAACGUGGGCUUCAUGGCGUACAAUGUGCUGGCCGGCGGCGUGCUGACUGGCAAGUACCUCGAGCGCGCCGCGGCGGUGGACGACCCUGACCAGGCGUCGGCGAGGAGGUCGCUCGAGGCGCCGCGUGGCCGCAUGGACGAGCGCGGGUGGGGCUAUACCUUGUACCGGUACCGCAGCGGGCCGGCGGCGGAGGCGACCCGAGCCUACAGCGCGCUGGCCAAGACGUACGGCAUGUCGCUCACCGAGCUGGCCUGCCGGUGGACCAAGGAGCGGAGUAGCGUCACCACAGCACUGCUCGGCCACACGUCCCUCGCGCAGCUCGACGAGACGCUCAGGUACUACAGCAAGAAGGAGCCGCUGCCACCCUCGCUGCUGUGGGAAAUCGACCGGGUUCACAUGCGCAACCGAUUGCCGAUCUUCUCUUCCACGCGCGUGGGCAAGGACUGGGACGGGGAGGGGGAGAUAGGGGAGCCUUUGCCAUGA